AUGACGGCCGGAAGAGGCACUGUGCAUUCAGAAAUGCCUGUGAUCCACCCUGAUGGUUCGUUGAAUGUCGGCUUGCAAUUGUGGGUCGACUUGCCUGAGAAGUUGAAAGAGGUGGAGCCUCGUUACCGCGAUUUGAAAAGCUGGGAGGUGCCAGAAGCUGUUGAGCAGGAUGGAAAAUUGAAGGUCAAGGUGAUUUCUGGUAAGAGUUAUGGUGUUGAGCUGGACAAGGAAUUGGCUUACACUCCAGUUCAAUACUACCACUACAUCUUGAAGCCGGGCGCACACUUCACUCAAGAGGUGCCUAAGGACUUCAACUUCUUCUUGUAUGUGUUGCAGGGCAAAAACUUGGUUCUUCAGAGCAACACCAAGGUUUCACAAUUUGAGAAUGUGUUUUUCAACGCAGACGGAGACACCAUUACUGGUGAGUAUCCUGAGUCCGAAAGUGGCGACCUCGAGUUUGUUUUGAUUGGUGGCCAAAUCUUGGAGCAGAACGUUGUGCAACAUGGCCCAUUUGUUGCCUGUUCUCGCGACCGCAUUCAAAAGGCUUUUAUGGACUACCAAAUGGCCAGAAACGGCUUUGAGAGAAUCAGAACAUGGAAGACGUUGAUUUCGGGUGGUGUCAACGAUGACAUGAUCAACAACGAAUUGGGCGGAUCUCUUGAGCAAAGAGAAAAGGAGAAGCAGGCUUUUUUGGCCAAGAAGGCUGCCGGAAACUAG